CGGCGACGGUUUGCGCGAACGUUUCGCGCAUGAAGGCUCAUUUUCCUUGCCGUCAGGACAGUCAGGCGGACAUCUCUUCUAUCUCCGACCUCUCGUAGCUUCGCCUCGGAGAGUCGCCACCUUCGAUUGCCAAAAAUCUGAUGAGUCGUGCCCCAUGUCCGACCGUGAAGGAUACGCUUUAUCGGAGGUCCUUCGGCGUGUUUUUUGUAGGUCGGGGCUGUCGGAGUAGUUUCCCGAUGUUGGAAUUACCCCACCGCGCAGUACGCCACUUGUGAGUAUUGGGUGGCACGCACGUUCGAUUUCGUCGGGAAGGGGGGCUUUCCGGGGGUGCCCAUUACUUUUUGUUGUAUGAUUCCGUUGGCUUUGCGAUCCGCCCCUUUUCGGUAGCUCAGCCCAGAAAAAUAGUAUAAAUCCCUGAGCGUUCACAGAUCCCCACUCCCAUUCCAUCACCACGCACACCACCUCCUCCUCCUCGUACCAUCACAACCAUGCGCACCCACCUCUUCCUCCUCGCCCUCCUCGCGGCCCUCGUCGCAGUCGCAUCCGCCGACAAGAUCGUCUUCAACGGUCUCGACUUUGACGACGGCGCCGACGACACCACCGCCGUCGCCGUCAGCGCGCGCUCGGACCUCGCCACCCGCGCGCCGGGCCAAUGCACGAUCUUCACGGGCUUCAAGUGCGCGCUGGAGAUCGCCAAGGCUGCCACAUGCUUUGCUGUUACCAUCAUGGCCGCCCCUGUGACCUUCGGCGCCGCGCUCGCGGCCUUCACCGCCUGCUCCAGCUUCGGCCGCACCGCCGUCAGCACCUGCAAGCCGUGCUUCGACAAGCUGUUUGCGAAACUCGUCGCGCUCGCACAUAAGCACAAAAAGGCGCUGCCGUGGGAGAAGAACACGCCUAAGAAGAAACUGACCAUCCGCGCGCCGACUAAGGAGUCCUUGGUGGCGUGUUUGGAUGAUCUGGUCAAGAGCCAAGGGUUUGAGCAGGACGACGCGAUGCGGUUCUGCAAAUUGGGCGGAUACUAAUAACCGAGGGUCGUUGGGGAGUCAAUCCCCUUCCCUCGCCGUACAACCGCCGCCCACAUCCCGCCCCCAGCGCCAUAUGCACCAUACAUAGAUACCCGUAAGCAUCGGGACCCGUCCUCAUCCGCACGAUACAUACACCGUCGCUAUAAUCUAGAUUACACAAUAGUCACCCCACCUGCCCCUUACACAUACUGUACUUAGUUUAGAUGACUCGGAG